GUUGCCUAUCGUUUGAAACUAAAACGAUAUAAUGUAUACAUUAAAACGUGGAGACUUUGAACUAUUUUAGAUACAGAAUUAUUAUUUUUUAAUUAACCACUAUGUCUCUUGGUGCUUUACAUGUGAUCAAACAACAAAAAAAUACUUGUACUGCAGCUGUAAUAUUUUUACAUGGAUCUGGUGAUACAGGUCAAGGUUUAUUGGAAUGGGUGAAAUUUUUAGUUGGAGAUAUUUCACUACCCCAUAUAAAAUUCUACUUCCCCACGGCGCCUUUAAGACCUUAUACUCCUCUAAAUGGACAGCUGAGUAAUGUUUGGUUCGAUAGAUAUAACAUCACUCCAGAUGUACCGGAACAUGAAGAAACUUUGCAUUCUAUAGGAAAAGAAAUGAAUAAUUUCAUCACUAAAAUAACGAACGAAAAUCAAAUUACUACGAGUAGAAUUAUUAUAGGUGGGUUUUCAAUGGGGGGAGCUCUGGCUCUACAUGCAGCGUACAGUUACAGCCCCGGUUUAGCGGGAGUUUUUACUUUAUCAUCUUUUUUGAAUAACAAUUCAAUUCUAUAUAAAGAACCAAAAUACUUGAAGUCGCCUCUUUUUAUGUGUCACGGGGAACGUGACACGAUGGUACCUAUUUCAUGGGGUAAAAAAACGUUCGAAGAAUUAACCAAAUUAGGAAUAUCUGCAGAAUUUCAUCCUAUCAAAAAUACGUUACACGAACUAAAGAAAAAUGAAAUUUUACAAUUACUGGAAUGGAUUCAAAAAAUAUUACCGGAAGGAGUUCAAGAAAACUAAUGUUUAUCGUUUAUUUUACAUUCGUUUCAAUAUUUUUAUUUAUAAAUAAAAAUAUAAAA